CCUGUGUGGGAGAAAAAUGCAGAUGCUUUGGGUGGAAAGCAGUUUGGAGAGAGGGGAAGAGAAAAAAGGAGGGAGGGAUUAGUUAGUCACAUGUCCUUUAUAUUUCUUUAUUAUGAGGGGUGUCAAGGAUGUUCAGUUUGUCUGGAUGGGGUGGAGAACCUGCUUUAAUCAAACCCUGAGCUUAUUGGGCUUAAAUAGAGAAGGUGAAAUUCACAAAUUAGGGUAAAUGCGUGAUAGCCCAGGUAAAACCACGCAAUUCAGUUUGAUGUUACUGGAUUUAGUUGAAGACCUGAUGUGUUUCUUACUGGUGUGAGAGGCUCUGUGGUUGACUGUUAACAGAGGAUCCUGAAGACAACUAGCGAUGAGGGAUAUGAUGAUCUGUGCCGCGAUUAUCUUCUCGUUGUCUGAAGCAUGGAGCCUAGAUCCAGGAACUAAUCAAAGUACCUCUGUGAACUCCAGCACUUCUUCUCCUAAAAGUUUUGUUGUCAGAAAUUCAGCUUUCAACCUGGGGAGUGAAGUUAACCUGACAUGCAGCAAUAAAACAUGGAACGAGAUGAUGUUUGUUACCUGGACUAUAACAUUAAAAAACAAACACUGUAGUAUAGGGUAUAGUAAUGAAGGCCGAAGCGAUGACCUCUGCAAAGAUGGAAAGUCACUCCGAAACACAUCCAGCGCUCAGUCAUACCUGCACAUCUCAAACUUUUCCAAUAACGACGUGGGGGUCUACAAUUGUGAGUCGGUUUACACAGGAGGAAACGACAAUUAUCGCAUCCAUGUGGAUAUCAAAGUUGGUCCCCAUAUAUCAGCCUGGUUAGAGUUUAAGGACAACAAGAUGGUGGCAGUGUGCAAAGCUGAAAGAGGAAAACCUGCUGCCAACAUCAGCUGGAGUCAUACGGGAUACUCAUCGACUGUGGAACCUGGCUUAGAUGGAUUUUUUACAGUAGAAAGUCGCCUGGAGCUGCUUGAGGGAAUGGAUAAAGAAAACCUGAGCUGUGCCAUCAGGCACCCGUACUGGAAAGAGGAAAAGAUUUUGUGGCCAAAAAAACAGUUUAAAGAUAAGAUUCCUUGGCUGUGCAUCCUUAUUGUUGCUGUAAUCAUUGUGCUUUUGGCAGGAAUUUUAUUAUUUGCACAUAAGAAACUCAUAACAUUGAGGCGAUGCCAGCGGACGGAAACUUCACCAUCUAAAUCUCCACCGACAGAAGAUGUGGAGGAAGUGGAGCCUUACGCCAGCUAUGUUCAACGUGUGAACUCUAUCUAUUGCUCAUCUGCAGAUUUGUUCACAUAAAACCAUGCAUCACACUCUGAAGGCUGAAGGCUGUGAAACUGAAGGCUGUGAAACUGAAAAAUAGUAAAGAUAGAGAAUGAGAUGAAAGACUUCCGAUAAGAGAGGGAAGCCUCUAAGUUUAAUUCUGCCUAAACAAAACUCUUGACUGAUGGAACAGGGGAUGUACGUGUCACACAGUGGCGCUUUAAUGCACAGCAUGCAGUCCACUGGGUAUAGGUGUCAUGGAUAAUAUUAAUAAUAAACUACAAAUGCAAAGAACCGCUGAAUUGUAAAGAAUCCCGCCUUCAGCCGGACUUAGCACGCCAAGACUACCGAACUUUAGAUGCUCACCUUUUAAUGGAUUCUUGCUAAGUAAAACCAGUAAAAGUCCAAAGUAACAGGUGUAAAAUUGCCUUAAGAUGAUGUGGACAAUAUAAUGUUAAGUAUCCAUGUAAUGUCUUAAUGUAUAAUUAUGUAUCUGUUUAAAUUAAACGCACAUCUGAACA